UCCCGCUACUGUAACGGCAAAACCUUAAUUAGAAACGCCCUCAAAAGCUUUAACAUGAAAAUAAAUAUGAAGAGAACUUCCAAUUCAUUUUGUUGAGACCGAUUCGUCUUCUUCCUCUUCUACUGAAAAUUUUUCUCUGUUGCUUUUGUUCAUCUUCAACUUUAUUCACACCACAAGGCCAGGCGAUCUCUGAAGAAGGAUUUCUUUUCACUUUUGGAACUGGUUUUCCUCGUGAUUCCGAGGUCGCGGAACAGAUCUUGUCAUCUUUGAUUCUUCAUAUCUGAAAACGUAGACUGGUGAAAGUUUUCUAGUACUCAGUGUUCUACAAGCACUUGCGAGUGAUUGCUGUUCAAGUUGAUUCUUCAUUUUUAACUCUUCAAGUUACUUCAACUUUAAGAGCCGUUCUCAUUUUGUACAUCUGAGACUAAGAUCAUCUUUACAACUUGGAGGAUUGUAGAUAGCAUGGGAAUCCUUUAUCGCAGUUCUGUGAAUAGAAAGCCAAACGAGAGCAUGAGGCUUAUUAUAAUAACUUUUAUGGGAGUAUUUUUGGGCUUUUUGAUAGGAAUAUCUUUCCCAACAUUAUCACUAACAAAGCUAGGUAUCCCUUCUGGCCUUAUCCCGAAAAUUGACCAGAUAUAUAAUACUGACCUAAAAUCUGGCUCAUCUACGGAAGCACCUCAAAAUUUUCCAUCUAAUACAAGGAAUGGUAGUGGAGACUCGAAUAAUUCCCGAAAUCUGAAUGGUACCUCAGAGAUUUGGGUUCCAUCAAAUCCUAGGGGAGCAGAAAGACUAGCCCCAGGAAUUGUUGCAGCUGAGUCAGACUUCUAUCUACACAGAUUGUGGGGUAAUCCCAAUGAGGACUUAACUACGAAACCAAAUUACCUUGUGACCUUCACUGUCGGUUAUAAGCAGAGAGAGAACAUUGAUAAAGCAGUAAAAAAGUUUUCAGAGAACUUCACGAUUCUUCUGUUUCAUUAUGAUGGCCAAACAACAGAAUGGGAUGAAUUUGAAUGGUCGAAACGAGCAAUUCACGUGAGUGCUCGAAAGCAGAGUAAAUGGUGGUAUGCCAAGCGAUUUUUGCACCCUGACAUUGUGGCACCUUACGACUACAUCUUUAUGUGGGAUGAAGACCUGGGAGUUGAGAACUUCGACGCCGAAGAAUACAUAAAGUUGGUGAGGAAGCAUGGCUUGGAAAUUUCACAGCCUGGUUUAGAACCUACCAGAGGGUUAACAUGGCAGAUGACAAAGAAGAGGGAUGGUCUUGAAGUUCAUAAAGAUACGGUUGAACGGCCAGGAUGGUGUACUGAGCCAAAUUUGCCUCCCUGUGCUGCUUUUGUAGAGAUCAUGGCUCCAGUUUUCUCACGAGAAGCUUGGCGUUGUGUCUGGUAUAUGAUUCAAAACGAUUUAAUCCAUGGCUGGGGUCUUGAUUUUGCCGUUAGAAAAUGUGUAGAGCCUGCACAUGAGAAGAUUGGAGUUGUAGACGCUCAGUGGAUCGUUCAUCAAGGUCUUCCCUCCCUCGGAAGCCAGGGAGAAACUCAAAAUGGGAAAGCGCCAUGGCAAGGGGUGAGAGAAAGAUGUCGGAAGGAGUGGACAAUGUUUCAAAGUCGGUUAGCAAAUGCGGAGAAAGCGUAUUUCAAGUCUUUGGGGAUUGAUUCUUCAAAUUCAGCCAAACAGUAGGACUCCAUUAGAUUCUAUACAAAUCCAUUAGUAGCCAUAGUUCCCUUACCAUUUCUCAUUGAGUUGUGUAAAUUCGUUAAACAUUAUAAUAAUCAUUACGUUUAGAAUCUUUCAUACAUGGAACUUAUACAUUAUAUUUAGAUAUCUAA